AUGCUAAUUGCACAGAUCUUUCCCAUAAUCUCAGUAUAUUGUCUCCGUGGAGGGCAGUAUGCAUAUAGAGGAAAUGUUAUUAACUUUCCUCAAGAUGUACGAGAAUUUAUAACACGUCUCCCUUGUCAUCCAUCAUCAUUAGAUGUACUUGUUGUGCGAAGACAUGCAACAAGUGGUUCAUCAUAUAGAGAUUUUCAACUAAAAACAAACAAUCGGUAUUACACCAACAUUAUCAUUGACAAUGAAGUGCUGCAAUCAUUACCUGAAAAUGGUCCUAUCGAUACCUGUCUUCAACAGAUUCAAAGCAUAGAAGACUAG